CCUGGAGGGGUUGCAAAGCCCCGUGGAUGUGGCACCUGGGGACACUUGGGGACACUUGGGGUCGGUGGUGGCCCUGGCGGAGCUGGGCUUGGUCUCUGAGGUCUUGUCCGGGAUUCUGUAGUUGUAAACCUCGAGGGCUUUGCUGAAAAGCUCGGAGUCCUGGAAUUUGACAAUUAGCAGCUGAUUUCACAGGGUCCAUCUCCAGGGCUUGAUGUGAAUUCCUGGCUGCUCCAUAAAAAGACUCAGCCAUGGCACGCAAAGCCAAAAAACCCAAGGGUGGCAAAAAAAAAAGUUCCAAAAAGGGCGCGCAGAAGCCUGUGUACCACGUGGAUCUCUUCAGCCCAGCUGCCAUGCUCAACGCUUACUACAUCUCUCACAACGCCGCCGUCUUCCUGGAAUUCCGGGGCCAUCCCUGGCCCGGCUCUCUCAAAAAGAAGGGGAAGAAAAAGAAGUGAGAACCAAAGUGCCUGGUGCAGACUGUGCUGUGAUAAAACCCGCCCUGGCCUCGGCAGUGCCCGGCCCAAAUGGCAGUGUCCCCUGGUCGCUGCCGUGUCCACACAAAGACACUUUGACUGCAGCUCACACACGGUGACAAGCGGCAGGGGACACGGUGCCAUUGUCACUUCAGCCGUGGUCCUUCACCCUGUGGGUCCGUGUGGAGGGCAGCACUGUGCCUGCAGGGGCAGGGCUGUGCUGGGGCUGGAUUCACCCACCCUGUGCCACUCCUUAGGGAUGGGACCAGUGCCUGAG